AGGCUGCAGCAGACUGGAGAUAAAGCUCUUUUUUCCGCUGGUGCCUACCAGUGAGAGCAGAGGAGCUACCCCAGCAACUGAGAACUGAGCUAUUACUGGAGCCCCUGGCUUCCUCUCUCCCCUGCAGGCCUUUUGAAGCACAUCACAUAUACAGCGAAACGUAUGCUUUCAAUCUCAGAAUCGGGAUCGCUGAACCCUGCAGAUGCAGACAUGUAAGUCACACGUUUUAAUUUGUACCCAGGUUGUGCAAAGGAGAACAUCGGAUCAAUUUCGCCAUGCUUGACUGAUGGAGCUACGCUGUUUUCAACACUGGGGCAACCACUGUUCUCCGAGGCCAGCAGUGCAGCUCCAGGUUGGGGGAGGAUUCCUCUGGAUUUCCCUCUGUUCCUCUUCCAGCCAUGGUUCAACUGCUCAGCCCAGCCCUAUCCUGGCGGCGUUCUAAUUAGAUCCCACAGCCAGAGAAGCCGACAGUAUCAGGGAGCGGCACCUUGUCAGCUAUCGCUCUUUCUCUCAUCGGCUCACCCCAAUCUAUGGACGUACUCUGCUUAGUGGCAGAGCAAGGAAGACAGGAUGGUUUGAAACUGUCUACUUCACAUAUGGGAGUGGACUAUGUGCUAAACCACAUCUGUAGCCAGUCAUGUCAGCAGGGGGAAAGUGGUUGUUGAUUUUUUUUCUGGCUGGAGGUGAAGUCUUCACUCAUUGUAGUCAGUGUCCUCUUUGUUGACUUGAAUGUGCUGGUGUCAGUGCAUGGGAUGCCAGUUUCCGUGGCAGCAGUGACGAGACGCUUAGUACCUAGCCCCUCCCCUUCUUUCUCUUCAUGACUGGAGACUUGUUUUAAUGGAGUUUGCAUGACAUGAAACACUCAUAGCUGCAGGUGUGAAGACCAAACAUCACCUGACGUGACCUGGUUAUUCUUGACUAAAGAACGGAAAAACAAAAGAUGUUAAGCUGUGAUGGGUUGUAACUAAUUUGUAGAUGAGCUGCUUGACUCUGCACUUUCAUCCAUUAGCAGCAGAUCUGGUUCCCGUUGCACAGCUUUACUGUAAGUGUUCCACGGGAUAUCUACAACUGCUACUUAAAGCAUGAUCUACUCUACGAGAUUCAAGCACGAUGGACUGCAGUGAUCAAUAAUGUGUUCUUAAUAUAAUCAGAGAAGCAGGUGUUUCUAGGCAUCUUACUGUACACACAUGAAUACGCUCAGACAUGGUUUUCUCCAGUUUUAUUUAUGUGCAAGCUGAUGAUUAGUCCAUCCUAAUUAUACAUCCUGCUGCAGAGAUUUUGAGCAUGUGCAUGUAUGCUCACAGGAGUACGGCUUUGUAUGUGUGCAGUGCAGCUUUAUCGCGGUCCUCACUUGAGAAAUAUCUAUAGUGUCUUCUAUAAUAGUGUGUCUCAGAGCACCAUGAAAUAGCUUGCUCUUUAACACAUAACUUGUGAAAUGGGCUAAAAGGCACCAGUUUUUCUUCAGUCAGUGCUGCACCAUCUCUGCAUCAUGAGAGAGUGAAAAAAACAUCAAAGCCUUGCCCGUAGGAUUUUAAUAUUUUAUAAAGGACAGUAACCCAUAUUCAGCAUCAUGUCCUAGAGCUUACUAGGACUUUAAGUGGUAUUUGGUUUAGGUUUACCGCAACAUUGGCUGAACAACAUCACAACGAGAAGACUGAGCAACAGGGGGUAUGACUGCUGUACAGAUUAAAGUUGAGACAUGAUGUCCUGGGAGAACCUCACCUUGUACCAAUCCCUCUUGUCAUGGUUAAUACUUUUUGAAUCAUUAACUCUUUAACUUACCUUACUAGCUGACUCAGGCUGACUCAGGCAAUCCCAUUGUGGACAUUUUUUCCUUUUGGCUCAUAUUUAUUUUUACUCUGUCUCUAUGAGAUAUGGGGAGCUCCCUUGGUUGUGUGAAACAACCCAGGGAAGCUGGACCAGGUGGUGCUGCACCACUAUCACCCAAAAGAAAACUUCGCUUUAGACGAAAACGAAAGGCCAAACAGAAGUUAAAAGGUGCCAAAGGGGAGUACAAGAGAAGCCUUGAAGAGAAGGACAGGGAAAGUGUUGAGUUUACAGAGGAGUCUACGAGAAAAGCCCCUGAUUCAAGCAAAUUGGUAUCAGGACAAAUAACUACUGGAACUGAUACACCCACCAGUGUUGUCCUUGUUCCUGGUAUGCCCCCAAUUUUUGGAAGCACAGGGACAUUGCGUGGCAGCAAGAUGGCUAUUCUUUCCCCAGAUCCUAGUCCAGCCUGGCUGGGGGCACUUCGCCAGUUUGAGGUAGAGGGACUCUGUGAAGAGUCUCAAGCUGAAUUAGAGCAAGGCAAUACAACACCUGGAGGAGGAAGAGUCUGUAAAGUUCGAGAGCGAGUUCAGGGGGUGUUAGAGAGACCCUGUGUUUUACGCUCUGAACAUGGUGACCUGGAAGUAGAGAAGAAAGGAGGGGAUGUGCAUGGGCAGAGUGAACUGAUGUUCAGUGGGCCCUCAGAAACUGAGCAGAAGGGUGUUGUUCACAUUCGUGAGUUUGAUGGGCAACUUUGUGUGGUCCGAACUGUCUAUCCAAGGGACUGUGGGUCACCUGUCUGGCGUGACAAAGAACUUGAGGUCCAUUCUGGACCUCCAGCUGCAUCUCCUGUUACUGGAGGCACUAUGAGAAUACAAGUGUCCACAACUCAAGUGCGAUCACCCGGAAAGAGCGGCUCUGCCAAACCAGCAACAGCUGCAGCUCAGGAAAAAAAAGGGAAAGAGUUCCUAUUGGACAACUCUGCACCAGGAGCUGAAGGUUUUUGCCCCCCACCACAAGACCUUCAAUCUUCAGGUUAUGUUAGCGAUGCGCCUUUCACCUCACCUGAGACAGGAGGUGCUGUUCAGACUGAUUGGGGGAGUUCUUCUGAUGUGCUUGAUUCUUCUGUGCUUGAGAGUCCCAUCUCCCCUCAAGAGAUACCGGCUAAGCCCUCCACCCAGAUUUCUGAGAUCUAUGUGAGCGGUGAGUCAGGUGACCUUACCGCGAAAGAGAAGCUGCUACUAUGGAGUCAGCAGGCCACAGAGGGCUAUCGUGGUCUCCGUUGUGCCAAUUUCUCCUCCAGCUGGAGCGAUGGACGCUUGUUCAAUGCUCUUCUGCACAGAUACAGGCCGGACCUGAUUGACAUGGAAGUGGUUGCGCAACAGAGUAACCGUGAGAACCUGGAACAGGCCUUUGAGAUUGCAGAGUCGUUAGGGGUAACACGACUUCUAGAUGCUGAAGAUGUUGAUGUGCCGUUGCCAGAUGAAAAAUCUGUUAUCACGUAUGUCUCCUCCAUCUACGAUGCUUUCCCCAAGAUCCCAGAGGGUGGAGAAGGCAUUUCAGCUAACGAGGUUGACCAGCGAUGGACUGAAUACCAAUCUGGCUUCUCUUCUCUGCUGCAGUGGACCAGACAACAUACAGCCCUCAUGACCAACAGGAGCUUCCCCCACAAUCCUGUGGAACUCAAGGCACUUUACAAUGAAUAUGUCCACUUCAAAGAAACUGAGAUCCCUGCAAAAGAAAGAGAGAAGAGCCACAUUGAGCACCUUUACAAGCUUCUGGAGGCGUGGAUAGAGUUCGGGCGCAUUAAGCUGCCUCCAGGGCUACACCCUAAUGAUCUGGAGGAGGAAUGGGGAAAACUGAUCCUGGAGAUGUUGGAGAGAGAGAAAGCACUGAGGCCUGCUGUGGAGAGGUUGGAGAUACUCCUAAAGAAGGCCAAUAAGAUCCAGAACAUGGCUCUAGAUUGUGAGGAGAAACUCACAUUGGCGAAGAACACUUUGCAGGCUGACAUGUCUCAGCUAGAGAGUGGGCAGCCCGUUCGCUGUGAGAAUGAAUUGGGGAUGUAUCUGCAGGACUGUGAGGCUUUAGUCAGACAGCUUCACCUUGACCUGCAGGCCCUCAGAGAUGAGAAGUACUACCAAGUGGAGCAGCUGGCAUUCAGGGUGUCAUGUUUGCAGGAGGAGCUGGUCUCUUUGCGCCUGCAGUGUGCCAGUGUGUACAGGAAGGGUCAUUUCGCCACAGGGGGUCUGCUGGGAGAGCACGCGGGUCAGAAGGGUUCUUCAGGGCGUCUGGCUACACUUGGAGCACAAACGCUUCUGGGAGCAGUGGGGGCUGUAGCAUCCCUGCUCAGACGGCCGAUGACUCGUGCAGACCUGGUAGCCAUGUCUUCCUCUGAGGAUGAAGGCAGUCUGCGCUUCAUCUACGAGCUGUUGGGGUGGGUGGAUGAGACGCAGGACCUGCUGGAGCGAGCUGAGUGGGGUUCUGAUCUACCCUCUGUAGAUCAGCAUCUGCAAGACCAUCACAUCAUUCACACGGCAGUGGAAGAUCUUCUGAAUAGCCUCAAAGAGGCUCGAAACUAUGAGUCAAGGGUCUCGCCUAAUUUAAGUAGCAGUUACUCUGAGACUCUAUCCAAGCUGGAGAACCAGUAUUGCAAACUGCUGGAACAUUCGUCAUGGCGACUGCGUUGCCUAGAGAGCCUUCGAGCUUUUGUGUCCCACUGCACUGAGGAGCUGAUCUGGCUCAAUGAGAGGGAGGAGGAGGAGCUGGCCUUCGACUGGAGCCACAGCAACACCAACAUGGCUGCCAAAAGAGAGCAAUAUUCUGACAUGAGGUCAGCGCUGGAGGGAAAACAGGAAGUGAUGCACUCUCUCCAGGAGACAGCUGACCACAUGUGUCAAGAGAACCACCCAGCCAAACAAACAGUAGAGGCCUACAGUGCUGCCCUGCAGACCCAGUGGCAGUGGAUCAAAGAGCUCUGCAUAUGUGUGGAGCAGCAUCUCAAGGACAACACUACCUACUUCCAGUUUAUGAGUGAUGCACGGGACUGUGAAAGCUAUCUACAUCAGUUACAAGAGACCAUUAAGAGACAGUACACCUGUGAUAAAAACAGCAGACUAGGCAGAUUGGAAGACCUGCUGCAGGACUCCAUGGAGGAGAAAGAACAGUUGAUUGAAUACCGCAGCACAGUGGCCAGUCUUGUAGGUCGAGCCAAGUCUGUAGUCCAGCUCCGUCCACGCAGUGCAGAUAGUAACCUGAACACCACCGCACCCAUUCGUGCCAUCUGUGACUACCGACAAAUAGAGAUCACGAUCAGCAAGGGAGAGGAGUGUGUAUUGGAGGAUAACUCUCAGAGGACUAAGUGGAAGGUCAUCAGUCCCACAGGAAAUGAGGCCAUGGUGCCAUCUGUGUGUUUCACCAUUCCGCCCCCUAAUCAGGAAGCCAUCGACACUGCCAGCAGAAUGGAGCAGAUGUACCAGAAUGUCAUGUCUCUGUGGCACCAGCAGCAUGUCAACAUGAAGAGUGUGGUCUCCUGGCACUACCUGCAGAAAGACAUACGAAAUAUUUCCUCCUGGAGUCUGGACACAAUGCGCUUGCAGGCUCCAGAAGAGAGACAGCAGGCUUUAGACAACCUCGACGCCCACUUGUCCGACUUCCUUACGGACAGUCAUGAGAGCUCCCUUUUCACGCCAACUGAGCGCUGUGAGCUGGAGAGAGAAACUGAGAGCUGCCGUGAACGUUGCCAAACACUGCAGGUCUCUUUGGAGACAGUGGAAAAGGAUGAGUUGGCCUCUCGUGCUUACCUCUCAGAGCUGAAGAGCAUCAGGUCCCAUCUGGAGGACGCAGAGAGCAGACUAAUGCGUGGCAUACAGACUCCACACCCCAGCACAAUAUCAGGAGACGUCGCAGACAAUGCAGUUCACAUAGCAGAGCACGAGAAACUUCAGCAGGAUCUGAAAGGACUUCAGUCAGAUUUGGGUGAGGUGUCUCGUCGCUGUGUGAACUUCUUUGAGGAGAAGCCUUCCUCUUCUAGUGUGCCUGUCCUACGCUCUGAGCUCAACCUGGCCGUUGAGCACGUAGAGAAACUCAACUCCCUCUCCUCUGUUUAUCUGCAAAAGUUGAAGACGGUUGAUGUGUUGACGAGAAGCCUGCAGGCUGCAGAAAGUCAGGUGAGAAAGUAUGAGAGUCGACUGAGUGAAGAGGAUAUGGUGCCCGCUGAUACUGCUGCAAUCCAGGCCUUGAGAGAGCAAUUAAAGAAAUGGCAUUCAGAGCUGGAGGAGCAGGAUCACAUAUUCAAGAGUCUGAGUUUAGAGGUCCAGCAGGCUAGAGAGGUCAGAAACCAGCUCAACAAACUGCACCCUGACCGCAGUCCUGAACUGGACCGCUACCAGGAGAAAGCACAACAGCUUACAGAGAGGUGGAGCGGAGUGAGCAGGCAAAUGGAGACACGGCAAGCAGAUCUGGAGAUGCUGGGUUCGGUGCUGCAGCAGUACAGAGAAGGCCACAGCUCUCUUAUCCACUGGAUAGAGGACACCACCAAAAAACAGGAGAACACGCAACCUGAGCAGACGGACAGCAGAGCUUUGUCAGAACAGCUCGCACAGCAAACAGCCUUGGUGGCUGAGAUAGAACAGAACCAGGUCAAACUGGAUGAAUGCCAGACGUACUCUAAACAGUACUGCGCUGCUGUUAAGGACUAUGAACUCCAGCUCAUGACGUUCAGAGCUUUUGUUGAAUCUACCCAGAAGUCCCCUGUGAAAAGGAGGAGGAUGCACUCUUCAUCAGAUGUCAUCACACAGGAGUUUAUGGAUUUACGCACACGCUACACAGCUCUGGUCACCUUAACAACACAACAUGUCAAGUAUAUAAGUGAUGCACUACGGCGGCUAGAGGAGGAAGAGAAAGAGGUGGAAGAGGAGAGGCAGGCACGAGUGGGGCAGGUCUCAGAGCUGCUCGGCUGGGUCAAGGGCCUACAGGAGCGCGCUGGCAGAUCUGCCGAACCAUCACUUGCUGCACAGCAGGCUAUUAGUGAGCAGUUAGCAGCUAAAAAAGAAGAAGUUGCUGAAGCUAUCAGGAGCACCCAAGUUUUCCUGAUGUCAAAACGGGCCAGCAAGCUGUCUCCUGAAGAGCGCGUACAGGUGGUCUCCCAGCUGGAUGAGCUGACGGCCACCUACAAUCAGCUGUGUGACAGUUCUGCCGCACAGUUACAACAACUAGAGGAGCAGCACGCAAAAGAGAAGAAGCUCAAGGGCCAGGAAGUAAUCGCUGGAGUUAUUGACCUCGGCACCAUGGAAACCUUUCCAGUUUUCCAGGCAGCACAGCGUGGUCUCAUAGAUCAAGACACCUGUCAUGUACUGUUGGAGGCACAGGUCGUCAUGGGUGGUCUAUUCCAGUAUGACUCCCCUGAUAAACUGUCAUUAAAUGAGGGUCUUUCCAGUGGUUUGAUUGAUAAACGUACUUACCAAUCACUGGAAGAGUUAGAGACGGCCCUUUGUCUUGUCAAAACAGUAAAAUUGGCAGAGGGUCAGGAAUUACCAGUCACCACUGCUAUGAGAGAAGGUGUCAUAAAGGAGCUGGUGGGACUACGUAUACUUGAGCUGCAAAUAAGCACUGGUAGCCUGAAGUUUGGUUCCAGUGGAGAAAUGGUUAGCCUGGAAAAUGCAAGGGAGAAGGGAUUGUUAUCCCCUGAACUUUGUCAAAAGCUUCAAUCCUGUCUUCACCGCCAAGAACUUAUUGAUCCAAAUACAGCAGAAAAACUAAGUCUGGUUGACUUUCAACAGCGUUGUGUUGUCAAUCAAGAGACGGGUCUGCGCUUCUUUCCAGUUAAACAGAAGCCAGGAGGAACUGUCUGCUUAUGCUCUGGCAGGAAGGUGGGAAUAUUCUGUGCUGUUCAUGAGGGGCUUAUUGACCGACAUGUCACAGUUCGACUUCUGGAGGCUCAGUUGUUUUCUGGAGGUAUCACAGACCCCCGCUCGGGACACAGAUUGACUGUUAAUGAGGCUGUUCGGCAUGGCAUAAUUGAUCAGGACUUGGCCUGCUCCCUCAUGACACGACAGCUACAAGCAGGAGGAAUAAUAGAUCCAGUCAGUGGGGAGCGUCUAGAGUUGGAUGAGGCCAUAAAAAGAGACCUUCUCUCUCCUCACAUAGCCUUACGUGUACUGGAAUCUCUCCAGUCUUUCAUGGCAGUAAUGUUACCAGAAUCAGGGGAGUUGUUUCCUGUAAGUGAGGCACUUAAAGAGGGUGUUGUCAAUAGAGAGCUUGCUGCAAAAGCCCUGAGAAAACGUGAUUCUGUUGGUGCAGUAUAUCUGCCUGAGAGGGGACAGGUGGUUCCUCUAAAUCAAGCCCAUAAGAUACUAAAGCCACAGGCAGUGGAGAUCCUAAAACAGAUCCAGGUUCCAGAUGUCCUUCCCAGUGUGACUCAGUCAAGUUCCUCAUAUAUGAAGCGACGGAGUUCUAGAUCUGCCAAUUCUUCAUCACCCCCUGCCUCACAUGCAGAUGUCAAACAUGACUUUUCCAUCACAGAGGAAGGUAGGUCAGAAGAACAGGUUCAAUACCGGCUUCUCACUCAAGUGAUGACACACAGCUACAUUGAUGCUCACUCAGGAGAACGCCUAGUGCUACUAGAACCAGAACUGGUAGAACUCAUAUGUGAAAAUGUUAAAACCAAAAACCUUGUCAGACCAGUCCUAGACAAAAUCUCUGAUAACAUUAGAGUUACACUGGACAGUGAAGCUAUUAGUGUGAUUGAAGAGGAAGAACAUGAAGAACCCAAAAUUAUACAAUAUGAAAUUGCCUGCAAGGACUCUUAUUUGGAAGAGACUAUAGAAAUGGCAGGGGAAGAUCUUGCACCCUUGAUGGUCACCAACAAAACCUUUAAAGAGCCUUUGCAUAAAGUAGAUUUACAAGAGAAAGUUCUAUCAUCAGAAGAGUAUGAACAACCCAAGAUAAAAGGUAAAAAUACCUGCAAGAUCACUGAUAUAAGAGAGACAGUAGAAAGAAAAGAACAAGAUCUUGCAUCACUGACAGAAACAAACUUAACCUUUGUAGAGCUUUCAAAUGAAGAGAUUCAAGAAGACUGGAAGAACACUGACAUGAGUAAGACAAUAGAAGGAGCAGUGGAAGAUCUUGCAUGUUUGACAGACACAGACAGAACUGUUAUAGAGCCUUCACAUGCGGAGGUUUGGCAUGAGAAUGUUCUAUUAUCAAGAGAAUGUGAAGAACCGAAGAUGAAAAAAGAUGAAAUUGAAAGCAAUACUGAUGCGGGUGAGUCUAUUGAACUAGCAGAGAAAGAUCUUCCACACUUGGCAAGUAAAGACAGACCCUUUAUAGUGCCUUCACAUAAAGAGGACUGGCAAGAGAAAGUUCUGUCACCAGGAGGACAUGAAAAACCCAAGGUUUUAAAGGGUAAAAUUGCCUGGACAAACUCUGAUGUAAGUGAGACAAUAGAAAGUGUAGACAAAGAUUUUGCACCCUUGGCAGGCACAGCCAGAGCUUUUAUAGCGCCUUUACAUAAAGAGAACUUACAAAAGGAAGUUCUAUCAUCAGGACAAUAUAAAGAAUCCAAGAGUGAAAAAUAUGAAAUUGCCAGCAAGAUGACUAACAUAGGUGAGACACAAGAUGUUGCAGGUCUAACUGACUCAGAAAUAACCUUUAUAGAGCCUACACAUGAAGUUGUUUGCCAAGACAAAGUUCUGUCAUCAGGAGAAUGUGAAGGACCCAUUAUUAUAAAAGGUGAAAUUGCCUGGAGGAACACUGGUAUGGGUGAGAUGAUAGAAAAAGCUGAGAAAGAUUGUGCCUCCUUGACAGGCACAGACAGAGCUUUUAUAGACCCUUUAAAUAAAGAAAAUGUACAACAGAAAGUUAUUUCAUCAGGACAAUAUAAAGAACCCAGUAUUAAAAAAGAUGAAACUUUUAGCAAGAAGACUAACAACAGUGAGACACUAGAAAGACCAGAGGUGGAUGUUGCAGCUUUAACAAGCUCAGAAAUAACAAUUUUUGAGCCUACACAUGAAAUUGUUUGGCAAGAGGGAGUUCUGUCAUCAGAAGAAUACGAAGAACCCAUGAUUCUAAAAGGUAAAAUUGCCUGGAAGGACACUGGUAUGGGUGAGAUUGACAGGAAGAACACAAAAAUGGGUGAGACCAUAGAAAGAGCAGAGGAAGUGUUUCCACUCUUGACAGCCACAGUAAAAGCCUUUAUAGAGCCUUCACAACAAGAGUACUGGCAAAAUAAUUUUCUGUCAUCAGGACAAUAUGAAGAGCCCAAGAUCAAUGUAAAUAAAACUGCCAACAUGAAGACUGAUCUGGGUGAGACUAUAGAAAGGACAGAGGAGCAUCUUGCACCCUCGACAUGGAUAGACAUAAAUUUAACAGUGCCUUUUCCCACAAGCUCAACCCUACUGAAGACUGUGUCAGAUAAUGGGGCGCCCUCUCCGAAUCAAAUUAUAGAUUCAACAUUAAAUGAAUCUAACAAUAAGCAAACAGUUGACCUGGAACAAACAGAUAGUAGUGGGGUAUUUCUAGGGAUAAUGGAACAAAAAAUGUUUGACAUGAGUGAAAGCAGUGCACAUACUUCUCUACAAGAUACUGUAAACGUAGGAGAGUAUGAUCAGCUGAAUGUCAAACCAGAUGAAGCCCUGGCUGCAAAACAGCCAGAGGAACUAAAGAAAAUGGUUGAACACAAGGAAAAUAAAAUAAUUUUUUAUCAGCCUGGUAAAGAUAAGAAAUUAUUCCCUUCAGAAAGGAAGACUUUGUCAGUAGAACUAAGUGAUGAUGAUGAUUUGAAGAUUGGGAGUAUGGCAAUGGAUCUGCAACAAGGGGGUCUUGUAACUGUAGGUGGCCACAAAGUUCUCUUGGAUGAAGCUCUGGCACAGGGUUUGCUUCCAGGGCACACUGUUAUUAAGCUUAUGGAAAAAGCUGGACUCUUUGGCGGUUUUCUGGAUAUUAAAGCCUGUAAGUCACUUAGUGUUGAGGAUGUGAUACAAGAAGGCAUGUUGGAUGAGGACUUGAUAGCCCGUGUUCUUCAUUCAGAAAAGAUAUUAGCCGGUGUGAUUGAUGUGGAGCAUGGUCGGCUCUGCUCAGUAAAUGAAGCUGCUGGGGCAGGCCUGUUGGACUCUGAUACCUCUGCUCGACUUCUUGAAGCCCAGGUUGUGUCAGGGGGAAUAGUUGACCUACAAAGAGACAAGAACGUACCAGUCACCCUUGCAGCCAACCUUGGGUUGAUUGAAGAAGGUACAAAAGAAAAGCUUCUUUCACUGGAAAAGUCAUGCAGAAGAAAAUGUUCAGAUCAAAAUGCAAUGCAAAACAAGUUGGCACUACAGUUACAGAUGAAAGGAGUGGUGGACCCAAAAACCCAAAAACCUGUCCCACUGGAACAAGCCCUUCAAACUGGUUUAAUUGGACAUGGUGAGGCUCAGACAAUUCUAUGCCAGCAGGUUGCAGAAGGUGGCAUUGUGCAUCACGGCUCUGGUGUUCGCCUUACUGUCGUGGAUGCACUAAACCUGGGUCUCAUAGAUCACACAGUCGCUCCAAAGUUGAUGGAACUGGAAAAGGCUUUCAAAGGCCAAGAGCCAUGUAGAUUGGAUCAAGACACUUCAUUUCUUCAGGCCUCUACAGGUUCUAUUUAUGACAGUGCAUCAAAAAGCAGGAUUACUCUGAGUGAGGCUGUUUCUAAAGGGCUUCUAGAUGAUGAAACGGCAAAUAAAGCAAUGGCCUCACCCAAUGUGAAGAGCGGAUUGUUGGACCCUCAUAAAGCUUGUGUUGUGUCCUACUCUGAGCUGUUAAACCAGGGUAAAAUUGACAUUGAGACAGGACAGAGAUUCCUUGAAGUGAGACCUUUCAGGGGUGUUCCACAUAAACAAACUAAUGAAAUGAUGACCUUACCACAGGCAAUUAAGGCAGGCCAAGUAGAUCCCAUACCAGCAGUGAGAGUAUUGCAGAGUCAAGCAGAUGCUGGGGGUAUCAUUAACAUUUAUAGUGGAGAGCGUUUGCUUCUACCAGAGGCUUUAAGUAAAGGCUUAGUUGAUAAAGACAUGGCGAGAUGUAUUGCUACAAAUCAACUCUUGAAAGGGGGGUUGCUCAGUCCAACCAGUGGACAGAGGGUCUCCAGCAUUACUGAGGCAGUUGAAUAUGGACUUAUUUCUACAGAAAUGGCUGCAGAACUUCAACACAGCAUGGGCCUUGUUGAUGAAGUUGAGAGGAAAAGUUCCAAAAUACCAGGUUCCUCAACGAAAGGACCAUCUAGUUCUUUAUUUCCUGAGAGGAUAUCAGAGGGACUGACCCCUAUCCAAAGCCCUGAGCUACCUGAAGAGAUUACUGAUAUCAAAUCGCAAAAGGUGGAAGUUUCUACUACCAUAUUAUUAGAAAGCAGUGAUAACAGCAAGGAACAAGUUCCAUCUACAGAGCAAACAAAGAGAGAGAGAGAGAUCCAAAGGCAGACAGGAAGUGAACUUGCAAUCUUUAAAGUCAGUUUAUCAGACACUGAUGAUGGCUUGCAAAACAAGGAACAAACCCUAUCUGUAGAGCAAAUAGAAGGGCAUAGUUUCAAGUUAGAAGCAGAUCAGUCUGUGUCCAAACCAGGGAAAAUCAAGGACAGCCAACAGACUGGAUUUGAUCCUUAUGCUUCUACACCCACAAGGCCAGUUCAGGCAUCAGGAAAAAAGAAAGCCAGAGGGAAAAGUGUUAAGAAAGCUAAAAUGGAAAGUGAUGUUAAGACACAAGUUUCAGACACCUUAGCCAAAAUUUCACCUAUAGAAAAAGCAGAAGAUGAUGGACAAGGUGGCUUUACCAUUAGUCAAAAGCCUAUUAUGAAAGACGACAAAGAAAAUGUGAUUGAAGUACAGCUGUCAGAGACAUCACAUGCAAGUGGUAUCCUUACAUCUGUGACAGGGAGUGAUGAGACUGUGCAAGGCAAAUAUUUGGAAAUAGGUGUGGACAGAACUCCUAAUGAAACCAAAACCACCAAACGUGAGUCUGAUCACGAAAGCAAUGAAUUACAGAAAGAGAAGAGUCUAACACAGUACAGUGUCACAACUUACAUGGCAAAAAAUGACCAGGGUCAGGAGGCUAUUGAGGUCACUAAAGACCUUGCCACUGAUAUAUCAGAAAAGAAGAGAAAGAAGAAAAGUAAAAGUAAAAAACUUAAGCAAGUGUCUAUGGUUGAAGCAGAAGGAGUAGAGAAAAGAGAUGAUGAGACUGAAAAAGCACAAAAGACUGUGAUCCAUGUGGUCAAACCUCAAAGCAGUCAGUCAGAUGAGAACGAAAGUAUGAAGCAACAUGAGAAAGCCAAUCAGGCAAUGGCACAAAAGGAAAUACUUUUGAUGAAAGCGAAGGAAAGCAUUCUUAGGAAGGUGUUUGAGCGCGGAGUAAGUGAAAAACAAGCUGCUGAAGAAUUAGAAGCGAUGCGUCAAGUAGCUAGUAAUGGAGAAAACCGCAUUACCACCCAAGAGGAAACUAUUGUAGAGAAGACAAGCUGUAAGCCUCCUCAAAGUAAGGAGGAGGACAGUAAACUACACCAGAUGGGGCAAGAAAUAAAUGAAAGGUCAAACAUUGCAGAGAAUCUUCUACCUUGGUCUAAUAGUGACCCAAGCUCCUCAGCUAUAGUACAGCUGCAAAAACAGGAAGAAGGUCAGCAAGACAAACAUACAAACACUGGAUUAAGUGGAGAUCAUAUGUACCAGAAUAUUCCAUCUAUGAAAACCUCUGAUGACAUUGUGGACCUAAACCAGAAAGAACUGGUUCUAAUACAGAAUCUAGAAGGGGAAACCAGAGAAAGAACAGCAGAAGAACAAAGCAUUGAGCCAUUAUAUACAGAAGAAAUGUUGUUAGACCCUAUGAGUGAAUUGACCGUGUCAUCAAGCACCGCAUUGACUGACAGCCAUGAAAUGGCUAAAUCAAUACCCCUCAAAUGUGUCUUUGACAUCCCAGCAGUGAAGGACUCCAAAGCACUUCUAUCAAGUGAGGUGUGUACUUCUUUACAAAAUACCAAAACAGCAGUGAAAAAGUUAAGCAGUGAAGUUCAUCAAGAAAGAAUUGAGGAGCCCCCUUUCAGUGAUUGUGAAGGCACAGAUGAACCUUCUAUUGAACGAUGUAAAGUUUCUGGUCUACCCCAUAUGGAGGUGAUCCCAGAGUCUGAUACCAAACAGCAAAAAGAGGUGGAAGAAUAUGCAGAGGAUUUAGUGGAACCGCAGCCUGGAGAAGUUCAAAUGAAUAUUGAACAAAUAAGAAAAUGCACCACAAAAGCUAGCAAGUCCGCACUGGCUCGCCAAGAGUGCUUAGAACAUGACCAACAGAUUGUGGCCUUGCUUUCUAUGGUGAGGCACAUUGAGGUCUGCCUAAAGCAGCAGCAGCAACAGUCCGUUGGUCGAGGUCUUGCCGCAAUCGAUGACAUAAUCAAACAGAUGGAGAUGCUUUUUCUGGAAAUUAGUGACCUGGAACCAGAAGUGCACAAGGAGACUGAAGCAGCUACACAGCUGCUGGAGUCUAACCCUCAGGAUGUUCCACCUCAGCUGCUUACGGCCCUGGAAAAAGAUGGGCGAAGCUUAGCUCGGGCUUACAGUGCAGCCAGGGACCUCGCCCAGAAUACUUUGCAUGGGUUACGAGCACAACGUGAUGCACAAAACGAAGCUGUAAGAAGUCAGCUUAAAUGUUUACAAGAGCAUGUUGAUAAACUUCUGAUCUGGCUUAAGGAGACUGAGACACAAAUGCAGGAAGAAACAGGGGUACAUGGACAGACGGUGGCCGAGAUCACUCGAAAGCAACAGUUGUGCAAAAUGUUACAGCACUCUCUUGCUGCCCGAUCUAAUGAAGUCAGCAAUGUGGCGUUUAGUAUUCAGGUGUUUAUCUCUGAGCAUGCUCAGGACCUGUUGCCUGAUCAGAGCAGGCAUCUCCUUGGACAACUGGAGCAGCUACAGAGGGUCUUUCACCAGGCUGUUGGCCUCAAUCAUGCCAGGGCAGAGGCCCUAUCAGCCCAGCAGGCGAGAGAGAACGAACAAACGAGGAAAGAACAGAAAGAAAAAGAAGAGAAAAUGGAAAAAGAGAGACAAACUACAAGGGCCAGAGAGGUUGUGCAGCAGCAGAAGGCAGAAUGCAGUCAAAAACUGGAGAAUCUCACAAUGGGGUUGGCUAGUGUUGCCAGCCUCUUGGCCAAUCAGAGAGUUGGAACUGAGUCAGAUGAUGUGAACGAGUUACAGGAGAAGUUAAGAGAGUUUAAGGAGGUGGAGAAGGACCUUCAGACCAAAAGUGACUUGUUGACUAAGACUAUCCACUCAGUGGAGGAGUUCCUAUCUGAGCACGGUGACAGUUUGAGUCCUGAAGAGAGGCUCGAACUACAGGGGACUCUUUCACAAUUGAAAGAGCAACACUGCUCACUUACAAACUCAGUCCGCUCUUCACUAGCGAAAGUAGACACUGCCAUUGUCUCAACACUGCAACAGAACACACAAAGAGCUAAAGCAGAGGAGCAGAUGCAGGAGACACAGGGAAAAAUCGACACACUUCUCCGAGAACUCUCAUCACUAGAUGACUCAAAGAGGAGGUCACUUGGCAUCACUGUCCCUGACACCCCAUCAUCCGUACCCCCGGAGGAUGCUCUAAGUUCUCACAGUGACAUGCUUCAGACUGAGCUGCAGCAGUUAAAAACUCAACAAGCUCACCUUCAGCAGGUGGCCCAGUCUGUCCACUCUCUCCUGGAACAACCCGACUCCAGUGUGCCAGCAGAGGAGAAACAGCGCUUACGGGCAAAACUCGAACAACUACAGAGUCAGCAUCAGGAGCGCCUUCAGAGCUGUCAGGACAGGCUGAGGCGGGCAGAAGCCCUCAGAGAGGAGUUUGCCAAGUUUGUGCAGGAGCAUGGGAGCCUAGGCACAUGGCUGGAUCAGAGUCAACAAGAGCUGCAUUCACUAGGUGAAGGGGAAACUGAUGCAAAGGGCCUAAAAGAUAGGAUUGAGGAGCACAAAAAGCUUGCAGAAGAUGUCAUCUGCCACAAAGCAGAUCUGCGCUUUGUGACGAUCUCUGGGCAGAAGGUUCUGGAUUCUAUCCAGGGGGUCUUGGAGAAGGUGGGCAGUGUGGAUCCAGCUCUGGAGGAAACCAGACAUCUAGUGAGUGGCAAGCUCCAAGAUGCCACACAGCGCUACGGUUCAUUACACAGCAAGUCCUCAGAGCUUGGCACCCGUCUCUCAGGGCUCCUGGAGCGAUACCAGCACUACCAAGAUGAGGCUGCUUCUCUAGUGUCCUGGCUGAGCACUCAGGAGCAAAAUCAGAGUGUAUUUAAACCCAGCGGUGAAACAACGGACACUCAGACAUUGCAGCAUACGCUCAGUACUGUACAGCUGUUGCAGGAUGAGUUGGCAGAGCGUUCGGUACAGCUUGAGAAGGUCAAGAGGGCAGGAAAAGAGCUGGUCAGCACUCAAGAGUCCCCAACUCUCAAAAAUGCAGAUAUUAACAAUCUUACAGAUACUCUGGAGAAGCGCUUUGAAAUCCUGUCUAAUUCAGUGUCAAUGAGAGCCGAACAGCUUCAAACUGCUGUUGCUCAAUCAGUCACCGUUCAGGAGGGGCUUAAAGCACUGCUGACUUGGUUAGAUGGACUACCUUUAUCACCUGGCACAGUCCAGGCCACCGCUCAAGCAGUUCAGGAUGCCCUAACACAAAAUCAGAAAAUGCGUCAGGAGCUGCUUUCUAGGCAGGGCAGCGUGGAUGCGACUCUGGACUCUGUGUCCAAGCUUCUGAAGUCUGCAGAUGCAUCGACAGCAUCUGGCCUUCAGGGGGCACUACAGGACCUGAGUCAGCGCUACACAGCAGCCCAGGCCAAACAGGCUGAAAGAGAGACUGAGCUGCGAGGACUUUUGCCUAAGUUGGAGAGCUUUGAGCGCCAGAGUGCAGAUCUCCGCAGCUUUGUGCAGAAUCGAGAAAGGGUUCUUAGCCCAUUAGGCCAACCUGACUGCAGUGUGGAUGACUACAGACAGACCAUAGAGGAGGUGAGAUCAGAAAUUACCCAAGAGUCAAAUCAAUUAGAGUCAUUUGUCGAGCUUGGUUCAGACCUAAGCCAGUCUGGGAUCCUUGCCAAUGUACAAAGCCUUCUGGACACAACCAAAGAGGUUUCUGAGGGCUUUGCACACUUGGAAUCCAAUGUCAAUGAGAGAUUUGAUUCCAUCCAGAGCUGCGUCCAGCAACUGGCAGAGUUCCGCUCUCGCUCUGGCUCCCUCCUCAGGUGGCUGCAGGCAGCACAAGAACAACUUCCUGCCAAAGAGCCCAAUCUAAGCACAGAAAGCCUGCAGAGAAGAGCACAGCAGCUUAAAGAUCUACUCACAGAAUGGGAGACCCAAGGAAGCCAAGUUCUGGAGUUGAACAAGACCAGCUCUCAACUUGAGAAUUUGAUUAUUAACAUCACAUCCCCCAAGAACAAGGCUGGUGUUUCCCAGCUCAAUGGUGCUACCAGCCCAAACAGUGUUAAUGGCAUUCACACCUGUAAAGACUUGACUGAGAUCCAGGUGGCAGUGGCAGAUGUGAACUGCAAGUAUGAGCAGCUGGGCAGUGACCUGAAGGAAAGGAAGGGUAGGCAAGAGGCCUCUCUUGACCUGCGGCAGAAGGCCAGGCAGGGCUCUGAGGCACUCAUCCAGUGGCUAAGCCCCCGUGAACAGAGCCUGGCACAAGGACAGACCGCCUCACCUUCUCGGCCAGAGGUGGCGCGUGCUCAAGCCCAAGAAACUAAGGUUUUGCUUACUGAACUUGCCGAGCAUUCUGGGAAAGUGGAGGAUCUGAAGAACAUUCUCAAGCAGCUGAUAACAGAUAAUCCAGACUCUCCUGAAGCUGAGACAUGGAAACGUCAGCUUGAAGACAUAGACUCACGGUGGACGAAGGCCAAUCAGACGGCAGCACAGAAGCAGACUGAACUGGAGGUGUGUGCUGAUAGACUUGGUAGUUUUGCUGCAGCAGCCAGUCAGCUGGGACCAUGGCUACGAGAAAAAGAGCUGAUGAUGAGUGUAUUAGGCCCACUGAGUAUUGACCCCAACAUGCUCAACACACAGAAACAGCAAGUGCAGUUCAUGCUACGUGAGUUUGAGACUCGGCAACCCCAGUUUGAUCAGCUGACUCGGGCAGCGGAGGGAAUCCUCUCCCCGACUGGAGACGAGGGUUCUAGAGAUGGACAGGACUUAGAGGACGUGAGGCAAGAGCUGGCAGACAUUUCACAGCAGUGGGAAGACCUCACCUCUCGUCUCACCGGCCGCUCACAACAGAUCGACCAGGCGCAGGGAACCAGCGAGCGCUACCUGGCCCUGCUCAGGGAGCUGUCUCAGAGCGUGGCUGAUCUAGGUGAGAGGCUGGAUGCGCAGGCCUCUCUAAGCGCUCAGCCUGAAGCCCUGCGUCGUAGGCUUCAGGAAACCGGAGCGAUCCGUGCUGAGCUGGAACAGAGACGGGGUCAACUGGCCCAGGCUGAGCAGCUGUGUUUGGAGCUCAGCACAAUUGUGGCCGAACCAUAUCUCAGAGACGAGUUGCACAAGAGAUUGGAGAGUGUGAGCGGGCCACUCAAAAACUUAGAAGAACGGGCAGCUGAUGGCUUGUCCCAGCUGCAGGCUGCCCUGUCCAGCACUCAGCAAUUCCAGCAGAUGUUUGACGAGCUCCGUGGCUGGUUGGACGAGCAGGCUGGGAAUCACACAGCUGGGGUUUCUGAUGCCCUUCCUUGCCAACCUGAUGCUCUAAAGACACUUUUGGCCCAACAAGAGGAUCUCCAGCGAGCCAUAGCACAACAACGUGGAUCCUAUGAGCUCAUCCAGGCUGAGGGGACAUCUUUGCUAGCAUCCCUCCCUGCUGGAGAUGAGCGAUUAGCCCUACAGACUCGAUUAAACACCAUAAGGCAAGACUGGGAGGGCAUGAACCAACAAACCUCGAAUAAACACGGUCGAAUAAAAGAGACACUGUCCCGUGCUGAGCUGUACCAACAACAUCGCAAUGAGCUUGCACCUUGGGUUGCAGAAUGUGAGGAAAGGGAGGCAGAGAUCCACCCAUCACUGGAUCCCUCCGCCUUAGACGAGGCUUUGCAAAAGGCAAGACAGUUGAGCCUAGACUUGGAUCGUCGUCGCCGCCUCUUAGAUUCUCUGAACAAGGCAGCAGAUCAGCUGCUGGAGCAGAGCUGCACUGGUGAAGAGGAAGUGAUGGAUGAAAAAGCCCAGCUUAAUCGCAGGAUAGAUGGUCUUUCUGAGCGACUACAGGGACGCACGGCUCAGUUAGAGGAGCUGGGAAGCAGACUGAAGGAGUUUGAAGAUGGGAGACUGGCUGUGGAGAGAAGACUCGAGGCAGCCAGGCAUCAGAUCGAGGUUCAGGAGGCACUUGGGCCGCAAGCUUGUAGCAACAAAAGCCUGGAGCGUCUUCGUAACCAACAAGAACUCUUAAACUCUAUACAGCCACAGGUGGUGUACCUGCGAAAUCUGGCUCAGGGGCUGCUGCAGGAUGCGCCCGAGAUCUCCAGGGCCGGCGAAGACGGUGGCCAGAGGCUUUUGCAGCAAGCUCGUGAUACGGAAAAAGAGUUUGAAGACGUUACUGAGAAGACAGAGCAAUGCUGCUUAUCCUUGGAGUCCCGGCUGCAAGGUGUGGGAGAAGUCCAGUCACGUGUUCGGGAUGUUUUCUCCCGCCUGGCUGAUUUGGACGACGAGUUGGACAGCCUUAGUCCUGUGGGACGGGAUACUGACUCCUUGGCCUCACAGGCUGAUGCUGUUAGGGGCUUCCUGAGUCGACUCGGUGCCCUCCGUGCCGAGCUAGAGAGUCAUGGUGGAGAAUGCACGACUAUGCUGCGUAGAGAGGGGAGCUCACCUGAUCUUCUGGCCCUCAGGAGAGAGACUGAAGCACUAAGCAGACAGGCAGGCAAGCUGGCAGAGCGGGGCCAGAACCGUCUGGCACUCAUAGAAGCCGCAGAAGAGCGAAUGAAGGAGUUCUACGCCCGUCUAGCUGACCUACAAGGGUUGCUGGGACGGGCAGAGGAUGUGCUGAACACACAGGCCGUCGUGGGGACAGAAGUGGAGGUCAUCAAACAGCAGCUUCAGGAAUUCAAGGCCGUAGAAAGGGAGCAGAUAGACAGCAUUCAGCCUAAACUGCAACAUGUCAACGCUGUGGGUCAAGGUCUUAUCCAGAGUGCAGCAAAACACACUGACACUCAGGGCCUGGAACAUGACUUGGAGACCACAAACCUGCACUGGAACUCCCUCAACAAGAGGGUUGCUGAAAGAAUCGCACAGCUGCAGGAGGCCCUGUUGCAUUGUGGGAAGUUCCAAGAUGCUCUAGAGCCACUCUUGAGCUGGCUUAGUGACACAGAGGAGCUCAUAGCCAAUCAGAAACCUCCAUCUGCUGAGUACCGGGUGGUCAAGGCACAAAUUCAGGAGCAGAAGCUGCUGCAACGGUUACUGGAUGACCGCCUUGGGACGGUAGAAAUGAUCAGGGCAGAAGGAGAGCGAAUCGCUGCUACGGCUGAGACACAAGACAGAGACAAAAUCCAGAAACAACUUAAGAGCCUAGGAGAGAGAUGGACAAAUCUGCUGGAAAAGGCCAGUGCCAGGCAGCGGCAGCUAGAGGAGCUGCAGGUGUUAGCGCAGCAGUUUCACGAGGCAGUGGAGCCGCUCUGUGAGUGGUUGAGCGCCACAGAGAGACGCCUGAGCUCCGCUGAGCCAAUGGGAACCCAGACCUCCAAAAUCACACAGCAGAUUGUAAGACACAAGGCUCUCCAAGAGGAAGUAUCCUCUCGGGAGAAUGAUGUAAACCAUCUCGAGACCCUCAGUCAAUCACUGCACCCGCUCAGCUGUGUGGCUGAUCGUGAUUUGCUGGGUGAACGUGUGGCGGCAGUGCGCAACGGGCACACAGGGCUACAUGAUUGGUGCAGUCGGAGAGAGGCCAUGCUGGAGCAGGCUCUGGCCAAUGCACAGCUAUUUGGAGAAGAAGAAGUGGAGGUCCUUAACUGGCUAGCUGAGGUGGCGCAGAGACUGGCUGAGGUCUCAGUGCAGAGUUAUCAGCCGGAGCUACUAGAGCAGCAACACAAACACACACUGGCUCUUAAUGAAGAGAUUAUCAGCAGGAAGAAGACAGUGGACCAAGCCAUUAAGAAUGGACAGGCUCUGCUCAAGCAAACUACUGGUGAGGAGGUACUGUUGAUUCAAGAAAAGCUAGAUGGCAUCAAAAGCCGCUAUGCAGAAAUGACAUCAGGCAGCAGCAAGGCCCUCCGUACUCUCGAACAGGCCCUUCAGUUGGCCACGCGAUUUGCUAGCUCGCACGAUGACAUCAGCCAGUGGUUGGAUAGCGUGGAGGCGGAGCUUAACAUUGACCCAGACACAACACCAGCCUAUCAGGACAGACAGAGGGAGCUGAAGUGCGUGUCUGCUGAGAAGAGGUUAGUUCUGGACACAGUGAAUGAGGUAGGCAGUGCUUUACUGGAUCUGGUGCCCUGGCGUGCACGGGAAGGUCUGGACCGCCUGGUCGCCGAUGCCAAUCAGCGCUACCGCCAAGCAGAUGAGACCAUCACACAGAGAGUGCAGUUAGUGCAGGCUGCCAUCCAAAGGUCACAGCAGUAUGAGGAGGCAGUUGAUGCAGAGCUGACCUGGGUCGGAGAGACCGAGAGGAAGCUGGCAUCUCUAGGACCUCUGAGUCUGGAGCCUGAUGUGACUGUGGCACAGCUCCAGGUGCAGAGGGCCUUUAACAUCGAUAUCAUCCGUCACAAAGAUACUGUGGACCAACUCCUUAAGACACGAGAGGAUAUCCUGGAGAGCUGCAGUGAACAGCAGAGAGAGGCUCUGAAGGUGAAGACAGACUCUUUAAGUGCUCGUUAUGAAGCAGUAAAUCAGAGUCAUGCUGAGCGCUUCUCAGCUCUAGAGCAGGCUCAGGUCCUGGUAGCACGGUUCUGGGAGACGUAUGAGGAACUUGAACCCUGGCUGGGUGAGACCGAGACUCUGAUUACCCAGCAACCCCCUCCCGCCAUUGACACAGAAGCGCUCCGACAACAGCAAGACCAGAUGAGGCUUUUGAGAGAGUCCAUCGCUGAGCACAAGCCUCACAUUGAUAAACUGCUAAAGAUCGGUCCACAGCUGGCAGAACUCAGUGCCCAGGAAGGGGCAACAUUGAGACAACGUUAUAAUGAAGCAGAGAGGCGUUACCUCAACAUCAAAGAGGAGGUCAAAAGUCGAGCCAGGGUGCUGGAUGAAGCAGUGUCACAGUCUGUCCAGUUCCAUGAUAAGAUGGACCCUCUUUUGGAGACUCUGGAAGGAGCAGUUCAACGCUUGCGGCAGCCACCUCCAGUGGCGGCUGAGGUGGAGAAGAUCCGGGAGCAACUUGCGGAGCACCGUGCUACAGGACUAGAGCUGGACAAACUCCUUCCAUCUUUCAGCGCCCUGUGUGCCCGAGGAGAAGAGCUCAUCGGUCGCGCCCCACACGACGAUCCUGCCGCCCAGGCGGUGCGUUCGCGACUCUUACGACUGCGUUCUCUGUGGGAUGAGAUCAGGCAGAGGGCAGAGGAAAGAGAAGGAAAGCUUCAGGAUGUUCUAGAUCUCUCCGGGAAGUUCUGGGCCGACAUGGCCGCUCUGCUAAGCACACUUCGUGACUCUCAGGAUAUUGUGAGAGAUCUGGAGGACCCAGGGGUGGAUCCUUCACUUAUAAAACAACAAAUAGAGGCAGCCGAGGCCAUUAAGCAAGAGACCGAUGGGCUGAGGGAAGAACUGGAGAUCGUACGAACACUUGGAGCUGACCUUAUCUUUGCCUGCGGAGAGACUGAGAAACCAGAGGUCAAGAAGACCAUCGAUGAGAUGAAUGCAGCCUGGGAAAGCUUGAACCGCACGUGGAGAGAGAGAAUGGAGAGGCUGGAAGAGGCCAUGACUGCCUCUGUACAGUACCAGGAUGCUCUUCAGGGCAUGUUUGACUACUUGGACAAUGCUGUCAUCAAACUGUGUGAGAUGCCAGCUGUAGGGACAGACCUCAGCACUGUUAAACAACAGAUCGAGGAGCUCAAGCAAUAUAAAGUGGAAGUUUACCAGCAGCAGAUUGACAUGGAGAAGCUUUGCCACCAAGGAGAGCUUCUGCUCAAGAAAGUGAAUGACCAAACAGACCGAGACAUGAUCCAAGAGCCUCUCACUGAGCUGCGCCACCUGUGGGAUAACCUGGUGGAUAAAAUCACAAUCAGACAGCACAAACUGGAGGGUGCACUGUUGGCCCUAGGCCAGUUCCAGCAUGCUCUCUCUGAGCUGCAGUCCUGGCUCAGUCACACUCACGCCACACUGGACACCCAGCGACCCAUCAGCUCUGACCCCAAGGCCAUCGAAAUUGAGCUGGCUAAGCAUCAUGUUUUAAGAAACGACGUGCUGUCCCAUCGGGCUACAGUGGAGACGGUGAACCGCGCAGGCUCUGAGCUGCUAGAGUCCAGUCCUGGAGACGAAAUCAACCACCUGAGAGACCAGCUGGAUGAGCUCAACCGCAGCUGGAAGAACCUUCUGCUGAAGACUGAUGAGAGGCAGAAGCUUUUGGAAGCUGCCCUGCAACAGGCGGAGGGUUUCCAUGGAGAGUUGGAAGAGUUUCUGCUGUGGCUCAGACGCACAGAGAGUCAGCUGUCCGCUGCCAAACCCACAGGUGGCCUGCCUGAGACCGCCAGAGAGCAGCUGCAGCAACACAUGGAGCUCGAGGCUCAGUUGACCCAGAGGAGUGAGCAGUACCAUCGACUACUGGAUCAGGGAGAGUCCAUUCUGCUGGCCAGAGGAGGGGAGGAUGCUGGACCUGGGACCACCCAGACCCAGCAAAACAUGGCCAUGCUUCAGAACAAGUGGACCAGUCUCAAUACCAAAAUGGAUGACAGAAGGGAUAAACUGGAGGAAGCGGUCUCGUUGGCGACAGGGUUCCAGACCUCCCUGCAGGACACCAUAAACUGGCUGACACAGGCAGAGCAGACGCUCAACAUGGCUCAGCCACCCAGCCUCAUUCUCGACACCGUCCUAUUCCAGAUAGAUGAGCACAAGGUGUUUGUGAAUGAGGUGAACACUCACAGAGAGCAGGUUCUGGCUCUGGAGAAAGCUGGCUCUCAGCUGCGGUUUGCCAGUCUCAAACAGGAUGUGGUUCUAAUCAAGAACCUGCUGCUCAGUGUACAGGCCCGCUGGGACAAACUGGUGCAGAGAUCACUAGACCGAGGACGGCACCUGGAUGAGGCCCGCAAGAGAGCCAAACAGUUUCAUGAGGCCUGGAGGAAACUGACAGACUGGUUAGAGGAAGCAGAGAGCAGGCUGGACUCUGAGCUGGAAAUCUCUAAUGAGCCUGACAAGAUUAAAAUCCAGCUGGCCAAACAUAAGGAGUUCCAGAAGUCUCUUGGCUCCAAGCAGCCAGUGUAUGACACCACAGUGCGCUCUGGGAAGGCCAUGAGAGACAAGGCAACAUUGCCAGCAGACACGCAAAAACUGGACAACUUGUUGGGUGAGGUCCGUGACAAAUGGGACACCGUUUGUGGAAAGAGCGUGGAGAGACAACACAAGUUGGAGGAAGCCCUCUUGUUCUCAGGUCAGUUUGCUGAGGCUCUCCAGGCGCUUGUUGAUUGGCUGUAUCGUGUUGAACCUCAGCUUGCAGAGGACCAGCCUGUCCAUGGAGAUCUGGAUCUGGUUUCCAACCUAAUGGACUCACAUAAGGUCUUUCAGAAAGAGCUGGGGAAAAGGACCAGUAGUGUACAGGCUCUAAAGCGGUCUGCCCGAGAGCUGAUGGACACGGGCCGGGACGACACCGCCUGGGUCAAAGUUCAACUGCAGGAGCUCAGCAACCGCUGGGAAACAAUCUGUGCCCUGUCUGUUUCAAAACAGACUCGUCUCCAGCAGGCCCUCAAACAGGCAGAGGAGUUCCGCACAGCUGUUCAGAUGUUACUGGAGUGGCUUUCAGAGGCGGAGCAAACAUUGCGUUUCCGGGGCGUCCUGCCAGAGGAGGCAGAGACCCUGCAGGCACUACUGCACACGCACCGGGAAUUCAUGCAGACGGUGGAGGAGAAGAGAGUGGAUGUCAAUAAAGCUGCUGGCAUGGGUGAAGCCAUCCUAUCUGUGUGCCACCCAGACUGCAUCACAACCAUCAAACACUGGAUCACCAUCAUCAGAGCUCGCUUUGAAGAGGUGCUGACAUGGGCCAAACAGCACGAGCAGCGCUUGGAGACGGCCCUGACUGAAUUGCUCAACAAUGCCACACUCCUGGAGGAGCUGUUGUCAUGGCUACAGUGGGCGGAGACCACACUGGUGCAGCGUGAUACUGAAGCACUCCCCCAGGACAUUACUCAGCUGAAGACACUGAUUACAGAGCAUCAGGUGUUUAUGGAAGAAAUGACGCGAAAACAGCCUGAUGUUGACAAAGUGACAAAGACAUACAAGAGGAAACCAGCAGAACAUCCCAGCAGCCUGUCAGACAGGAGAGGGGCCCGAAAACAGCAGCAGCAGCAGCAGCAACAACAGCACUCAGUACAGGUGACUGGUGGUAACCCGCGCCUCACCCAGCUCUGCUCCCACUGGCAACAAGUCUGGCUGCUCGCCCUCGAUCGCCAGCGCAAGCUGAACGAUGCUCUCGACAGAUUAGAGGAGCUUAAAGAGUUUGCCAACUUUGACUUUGAUGUGUGGAGGAAGAAAUACAUGCGCUGGAUGAACCACAAGAAGUCUCGAGUCAUGGACUUCUUCAGACGCAUCGACAAGGACCAGGAUGGAAAGAUCACUCGCCAAGAGUUUAUCGACGGGAUCUUGGCAUCAAAGUUCCCUACCAGCAGGCUGGAGAUGACUGCUGUUGCUGAUAUCUUUGACCGUGAUUGUGAUGGUUACAUUGACUACUAUGAAUUUGUGGCUGCUUUGCACCCUAACAAAGAUGCUUACAGACCCACAACAGACGCUGAUAAGAUCGAGGAUGAGGUCACCAGACAAGUGGCCCAGUGCAAGUGUGCCAAGAGGUUUCAAGUGGAACAGAUUGGAGAGAACAAGUACAGGUUCUUCCUUGGGAAUCAGUUCGGAGACUCACAGCAGCUGCGUCUUGUACGAAUCCUGCGCAGUACCGUCAUGGUUCGAGUUGGAGGAGGGUGGAUGGCGCUGGAUGAAUUCCUGGUGAAGAACGACCCUUGUCGAGUGCAACAUCCAGGACUUAAAAUCCUCCGUUCUGACUCCAGCAGCUCCAUAUCAUCUCGCAUAGCUCGUGGACGUACCAACCUGGAGCUUCGAGAAAAGUUCAUUCUUCCAGAGGGUCUGUCGGCCUUCCGGUCCCGUGGGCGGCGAUCCAAACCUUCGUCACGCACUGCUUCGCCCACCCGUUCAUCUUCAUCUGCAUCACACAGUGCCCACAGCUGCGCCUCUCUACCCUCCGCACCUGCAACGCCCACGGCCUCCUCAAGGUCUUCCCAAUCCCAAUCUCGUGGCUAUGCCAAGCCCUGGCUGGCACACAGUAAAACUCCAACACCAACCAAGUGCCAGUCCUGCCCAGAGCACAGCCAGACCCCUGGGCAUGAGGGAGGCUCCUCAUCUAAGCUGAAAAGACCACCUUUCCAUUCCAGCCGUGGCUCCUUAACUGGUGAGAACGGUGGAACACCAGCUGCUGCUAAACCUGGACGCUCCGACACCAAACGCACCCCGUCCUCGACGAGCGGCCCAGCCAGUCGAGCGGGGAGUCGUGCUGGAAGCCGCGCCAGCAGCCGAAGGGGCAGCGACGCUUCAGACACGUCUGAGCUCAUGGAGACACGCUCCGCUUGCUCCGACACCUCAGACACCCCUCGCCGGCCCGGGGCCAAACCCUCCAAAAUACCCACCAUCUCCAAGAAGACCCCCAGCCCCAAAACACCAACGGCCAAGAAAUGAAGUCGCCGACUUAUGAGUCUAUGUGACUGACUCUGAACCAGCAGGAGGAGAACACCAACACCUUCCUCUCCCAGACGAGACAUCUCUAACACCGCUACACCCCCUGAUCAAUACCUACCAUAAUGCUGCCUUAUUUGUGUUCUACAUCAUGUCCUUAAUUUGACUGACAUUUCGUUUUCUUGAAUGUGUGAGCAGACAUAUCUACACAGACACUCAGGCGGGAUGUCGCUAUUCUUCACUAUGAAUUUGCACCCGCCCGUCACUCUCCAAACCUCAUUCAUGGUUGUCACUUUGGUUGGACAAACUCGCCCUUUUCACAGGUAUGCAGACCAGUCUCACCUGGGUGUCUGUGCCACCGCAAACAAGAGGAAAUCAAUUAAAAACAGAGACGUUUUCCUCCUGGACACUUGGGACUUUUUGGAGUCGUGUUUGUAUGAAUGUGUGGUUGUUCCUGUCAUGGUAAAUGAACGCAGUAAUACAGAGAGGAAGUGGAGGAGGAUACAUAUCUCUAGCCUUUCCACGGCGUGAAGACUCCUAUAGCGCACAGCACACGGGUUCCACGCGCUCGCACCGACCGUCUUCUCCGCUGUGUGUCCACACAGUCUAGUUGUGUCCUAUUGUUAAAGACGUCAUGUUACAGAGCUGUUCCACAGUAUGCAACGAUGAUUACAAUUAUGAAUGUUUGUUUCAUGGUUAAUUAAUAAUGCUGUCAUUUUGUUUCUUUUUUAGAAUAAAGAGCUGUAUUUAUUUGUGAUUGCAAAAGAGUUAUAUCAACUCUUAAGAAUGACUAGUAUUAACACAACAGGAAUCGCUCUUGGUUUCGUUUUUGUACAUCUGCUCCUGACGUAAUGAAUUUCUCGGACUGAUCGUUUCUGAUGUUAUAACUGACCAGGAAGCUUACUGAUUCCAAUGGUGGCCUUUUUGCCGGUGACUACACACUUUAGAUGCCGUCAUCAGUGGCUUCCUUGUUGUUCUUUCGUGACGGAAGCACCCUAAAUAAUGAAUGAUGGGGGCGGCUCACGUAGCCCCCGUUAAAAACAGCGCUUUGAAUCUUGUCUUUGACAAGCUGAAGUAUAUGAAUACCUGAAGAAAGGUGAUUUUUAUUUAUUUAUUGUGUAUUUGGGAGGGAGGUGAGGGCUGUGAAAGGAUCCACCUUUUGAUUGUGUUCCUCUUUUGACAUGACUGAGAGAAACAGCAGUGCAAUUGUGUAAAAGUAAAGAAGUUAUGAUUAUAAAUCAUUUUUGUUUUCUUUUGUAUUAAAACAAUGCUUGCAGUAAAA